UCUCCCUCCUCCCCUUCCUUUCUUCUUCCUCCAAUCUCCCCUCCAGACGUACGAUGAUCCAACAGUUGACCUCUUUGCUCGAUUGUCACUCGUGCUUGCACACCUUCCCUCGCGUCCAUUCCCCGGCCGGGAAAGGUCUGCCGCUGUGAAGUGCUGUUGACUCGCCUAUUCCAAUUCCUACCCCUACCAAUCGGAGGUUAAACCUUAAUCAUUCGGACUAUAUCGAUUCUCGCCUCGUCGACUUCAACAUGAGUCUCCGUCAGAAAGUCCGUCGAGUGUUCCAGCGCACUGGAAGCCGGUCCAAAUCCAAGGACAAUGGCAUCAAGAUCGAGUACUACAAACGCCAUGAGAUCCCCCGGUCCAAGUUCAAGGGCCCGUUUGAUCGGGAACACCAAAAGAAACUGGCGGCAUGGUCGUUCGAAGACGCCCAGGCUGAACGCCCCCGUUCUCUCGACCUCUCGUUGUCCCCUUGUACCACCCUGCCGGACCAUCUGCAACCACGCUGUAACGACGACGACGAUGUGGCUCCCGAUCAGAUCGUCACCCCGGCGCCAGAGGUGACCGUAACUGAUGGUAUGUGGGACCUGGUUGUCAAUGACGACCUUCCAUUCCCGACUCGCCAUUCUUUCGAUCGCGAUGAAUCGAUGAGUGACAGCGAUCUAACCAUCCAUAGAUUCGGCCAUCGCGACUCAUGACGAAUACGCCCACGAUCGAGACACCGACUCGGGCUCGUCCUCGUCCACCGCCGUCGACUCCGACAGCUACAGCGCCU